CUGCUUUACGUACAGCAGGCGCUCCGGUUUCCUGGCGGAGAAGAUGGCGGCUCCUGGACCGGGGGAGUAUUUUAGUGUCGGGAGCCAUGUCUCUUGCCUCACCUGCCUAGGCCAACGUCUGCAAGGAGAAGUUGUCGCAUUUGAUUACCAGUCCAAGAUGUUAACUUUGAAAUGUGCUUCCUCCAGUGGCAAGCCAAACCUGCACGACGUCAUCCUGAUCAACUUAGCCUACGUUUCUGAAGUGGACAUAAUUAAUGACCGCACUGAGACUCCUCCUCCACUAGCAUCACUGAAUGUUAGCAAGCUUGCCAAUCGAGCACGGACAGAAAAGGAGGACAAGCUGUCCCAAGCCUAUGCAAUCAGUGCUGGGGUUUCUGUGGAGGGCCAACAGCUAUUCCAGACUAUUCAUAAAACCAUCAAAGACUGUAAAUGGCAGGAGAAGAACAUUAUUGUGAUGGACGAUGUCAUUAUCUCACCGCCUUACCAGGUCGAGAACUGCAAAGGCAAAGAGGGAAGCGCUUUAAGUCAUGUACGCAAAAUAGUUGAGAAACAUUUUAGAGACCUGGAAAGUCAGAAGUCCAUGCAACGUUCACAAGCACAGCAAACACAGAAGGACUCCACUUUAUCAUCUUGAGUUGGCAGCGUGGGUCGGCCAGAGAAGGCGACGCGGGCGGUUCUGUUCCCACUGCCAGACAAAGUCAGCAUUCCUUGUCCUCAGUCUGAGACCACAAGGAGGAGCGCUGAGGGCCCUGGAUCCUGAAGAUCAAAAUACCAUGAAAUAAAAAAA